AUGUUCAAUACUUCUGGAAUUGAGCUCACUUUUAACAAGAAAGAGGAUAUUUCCGAAGUUAUCAAUGGCUCUUUGCAGCUUUUGUACAACGUCCUGGUCACCAUUAGUCCCACCGCCAUGUGGAACGAGUCUUGCGGGGAACAGUUGCUGGAUUUCGGGCGCCCGGAGAAGAUCAUUAUUGGGGUGUUAUUGGCGAUGAUCACGGCUGUCACCGUCAUGGGGAACACGCUGGUGGUGAUUGCCGUGUGCGUUGUGAAGAAACUGAGGCAGCCCUCCAACUAUCUGCUGGUGUCUUUGGCAGUGGCGGACUUGUCAGUUGCGAUAGUUGUGAUGCCAUUUGUCAUAGUCACAGAUCUCACCGGAGGAAAGUGGCUCUUUGGAGAAGUCUUCUGUAACAUCUUCAUCGGCAUGGAUGUAAUGUGCUGCACUGCCUCCAUCAUGACCCUGUGUGUCAUCAGCGUUGACAGGUAUCUGGGGAUCACGCGCCCUCUCACAUACCCAGCGCGGCAGAAUGGGCAGCUCAUGGCCAAGAUGAUCGUAGGGGUGUGGCUGGUGUCUGCCUCCAUCACACUGCCGCCUUUCUGUGGCUGGGCCAAGAAUGUCCACACUGCCGGAGUGUGCCUCAUUAGCCAGGAUUUUGGCUACACUAUCUACAGCACAGCAGUGGCCUUCUACAUCCCCAUGCUGGUUAUGCUGGUCAUGUACUACAAGAUCUUCAGGGCAGCCCGUAAGAGUGGAGCUAAGCACCGCUUCACUGACCUGUCCCGCCGCGAGCGUCUGGAAACAGUGACUAAUGAGGCUCUUCGCAUGCAGGGUCUGAAGCCCCCCGGGGUGGCAGAGGAGUGUGCGGCCCUGUCCCGCCUGUUGAACCGUGAGCGUAAAAACAUCUCCAUCUUCAAGAGGGAGCAGAAGGCGGCCACCACUCUGGGGGUGAUCGUAGGGGUGUUUGCUGUGUGCUGGCUGCCCUUCUUCAUCCUGUCCACAGCGCGGCCCUUCAUCUGUGGGGUGGAGUGUAGUUGUGUGCCCAUCUGGCUGGAGCGCACCCUGCUCUGGUUGGGCUAUGCCAACUCUCUCAUGAACCCCUUCAUCUAUGCCUUCUUCAACCGGGACCUGCGCUCCACGUACCGCGACCUGCUGCGCUGUCGUUACCGCAACAUCAACCGCCGCCUGUCCGCUGUGGGCGUGCACGAAGCACUCAAAGUAUAA